AUGUUCCCAGUGACGGGUCUCAAACAGGCCGUCUACGUGGACGUGAUGGACGUCUCUGGCGAGGAGCGACAGGAACCCAGUCUUCGGAAGAUUAUACGAGUCGCCGAGAACAGGUUGCUUAAAUAUGGACGCUCCCAAAAUAUAGAGCUUGAAGCCGAGAAUAUGCGCUAUAUUGCCGAAAACACGACCAUCCCGAUUCCCCGUGUUCACGAGAUCCAAAUCCACGGUGGUGGCGUUAAAUCUAUCUUAAUGGACUAUAUCGAAGGUCAAACGCUGCAGGAUGCUUGGUCUAGCAUGAUUCCAUCACAAAAAGUGUCUGUCGCACAGGAACUCCACGGAUAUAUACAGCAACUACGGGGACUAAAGUACGAACAGUCCGGAGCUUUCAGUCAUAAAAAUAUAUAUACUCGACAUUCAAUCCACCUCGAUGAGUACCUAUUUUCGAGAUUGACCACCGCAGUCCCAGAUUCCGUGCGAAAUACUACAGCCAUUAAACAGCCGGAGGAUAACAUGGUUUUCACGCACGGUGAUCUGGCACCGAGAAAUAUACUGGUUGACGAUCAUGGCCAUGUCACUGCAGUGUUGGAUUGGGAGCUUGCAGGCUGGCAGCCUGAAUGGUGUGAAACUGUGAGAGCGUAUACGUUUUGCAACGAUAUUCCUGGCUGGACUGCCUAUCUAUCGGCUGUUUUUCCGCCAGAUCAUGCCACGGAGUAUAUGGCUGUGGCAUUUGCUAGACAUAUGACACGAUGA